AGACCGACAUGAUCGUGGUUGUACUGUGAGAAAGUUAGUGGUUCCGCUUGAUAAGAGUUUCUGGCAAGUCUCAGGUAUGUGUAAUUGUGUACUAUCAUUCUCCCUAGCUCUAAAGCAAAUCCCUGUCGAUGUGUUACAACUGUGUACUACUCUCCUAGUGUAUGUUGGUGUGUUUACACACUAUGAGGAUAUUAGCGAGAUUGUAUUUGAUAAUAUUUAAAGAUCUCUACUGAAUGUUAAAAUGGCGCUUCCUUCAUCAAACGCUUUAACAUUUAACGCAAAGGAACUAUCAGCAGGUCAACAUGAAACUCAAAUCUCUGAGGCUGGAGAAAUUAAUCUUCACAAGCACUUUAAACACUGCACGAAGAAUCCAAAGCAUGAAAAUUUCAUCCCUGUGGAUACAUUCUCUCUUGAACAUCUUCCAGACGACUGCAGGGACGAAGAGCUGUAUGACUGUGUCAAGAUUCUAGCUGAUCUGACUGUCAGAAUACUUGUUCGCGUGACAAGUCCCAACAGACCGGAUGUCUGGCCAGGCACCAACACACCUUACCCACUUCAUGACCUUCGCGGAAGCAACGAACUAAAAACCGGAACUGGAAGGUUGUGGAUGGUGAGUACUUUUACUCAAGAGCAAGAAGAGAGAAGGGCAUCAAGCAUUACAAGUUGCCCUUGCAGCAAGUGCAGGCAUUCCUCUAACCCUAGCAAAAUCUGGGGAGAGUUUUACGUUGUCACGGCCACGCACGUGGUAUUCGACGAGACCGAGGCCAAAGAGACUUCCUGCCGGUUGUUUUACAAUGGCGAGACUUGCCCACGAGUAAUCAUCGACGGCUUCGACGCGUAUUUCGACAAAGCCUUAGAGUACGACCGCUGUUGGCUGAGAUGCGCCACGUGUGACCUGGAGCUGGUGCAGGUGGUCCAGGAAAAGAUUAAGAGCUUCGACACACUGUGGGAGAAGCUGCAGGAGAAAUUUGAGCCCUCCAGAGACGAGCACAAGCUGGCGAUCGUGGUGUCCCAUCCUCAUGGGUGCUCUAAGCAGAUCAGUGUAGGUCAGUGGGUGGACAAAUACAACGUGGCCGGGGAUUACAAGGAAAGUAAGUUUACCUACACAACUUGCACAUGUCCUGGAAGUAGCGGGGCCAUGGUGUACUUCCUGGGCUACAGCGGAGGGAAGUACUGGCUCCAUCUCCAUUUCGGAGGCCUAAACGCAGAGCUCAAUCAUAGCGGUGUUGGUUUUGAUGUGGCUAAAAAUUAUGAUAAUGUAGAAGAAUAUGACCUGGAGAAUCUUUCAGACGAAGCAGUUGACGAUAUAAUGAAUAAAUUGCUUUUCGAAUCAGAUUAAAGAAAAUGCACAGGGUUGGUAGUAUACAUCAAAUUAUAAGCCUAAGCACCAACAGAUAACGUAAUUACUAACCUUUUGUGCAUAUUUUGAUAAUUGCCAGAAUAGUAAAAAAUUAUUUAAAAUUCUUCGCUGAAUUCGGGCAUUGUACCAAAGCACAUGCAGGCACUUACCUUCCCUUUCUGACAAAACUUAUGGCGCACUUUGUGUUAGCGCCAAUUCUUUCCAAUCUGGAACUGUACUGUCUCUUGCAAGAAUUUCAAUAAGCAGAAGCACAAAAGAGACAGCGGGUGUCAUGGUACUAAAUGGUUUACUGCGCAGCUCCGACUCAGGCCACAUGCUGGACUUCCAUGCUGGACGUCCUUAGCUUUUGACACGCUAGACCUCAUCAUCAUGAUGGCCAGAUCCUCUGUCAUUUUUGGUUUCGCAGGAGUCAUUUUAAUGUGGCUAGGAUCCGCUUGACGGAAUGCACCCAAAGAGUUGUGGUUAACGGGACGGUGCCAACAAACCUACUCUUAAAGUACGAAGUCCAUCAAGGAUCGGUUCUAGACCCAUCUCUGCUGACUAUGUACACGUACCCACUCAGCGUUGCCAUGCAGCCAACCGGUAUUUAUACCACUUCUUUGGGCGACGACUCACAGUUGUACAAUUCCUCAGUGGAACUAUUGCCAGGAAGAGCAACAGGAUUGUUUGGAAGAAGCUCAAGAUGAACGAAGAUACGACAGAAGUAACUAGAAUUGGCACACGAAACAAUACUACAAAAGUAGAAUACAGUUUCACUAUUCAUCAGGAACUGUCAGAUUUCUUCUCUCCAGGUAGUUCAUAAACUUUGAUGAAACUCUGUCUGGUGAAACUGUGUCUGGUGAAACUCUGUGUGGUGAAACUCUGUCUGGUGAAACUCUGAUGAAACUCUGUCUGGUGAAACUGUGUCUGGUGAAACUCUGUCAGAUGAAACUCCUUUAGUUAUUAUCACUCUCACACUAAGAAUCCUAUUAUAAAUUUUGUUUACCUCCACCCCAGCACACACAAAAUAAUAGAGUUCUACCUUACUGUUCAAUUGUUUAUAUAUAUUUGUACACAAAAAAACAAGUAUUUAGUCAAUGUAGGCUUCUCAUGACAUUACUUUUAUUACAUAGUCAGAACUUUGUAGAACAGCUUGUAGACGGAUACAAAAUAAAUAUUUGAGAUCUACUCUUGUUUUUAUUUGCUGUGACUCUCUCUCUCUCUCUCACACACACACACACACACACACACACACAGAAAAAAAAAUCUUAAGAAGCUAAAUUUCUCCUUACUUCCAAACCGACAUCUUCCCUCGUAAACAGCCCAACUCGUAGUCUUAUUUUUAUUUCGCAUAUUUACUGUUACAUAAUCAUCCAUCUUUAAUUUUCGUUAACAAAGAUACAAAUAUAUCCCUUGUGAUAUCGCAAGUUUUCCACGACAAGUAAAAUGUCAAUAGUAUACCAUCUUUAACAAAAAAUACCCCAUUUCAGACCUUGCGAUCUAUAGGGCAGAUGACUUAAAAGGUCAUCUGUUUCUAUGGCCAAAGGUUAACACGCAGGGUGUCAUGUGACUAGCAUAACGACCAGCCGCUUUUAUUUUCCCCCAGCUAUUAGAGUUGUUUGCACUCCGGGGCGUCCUUAAAAUCUAGAAAUUAAAAAUCCCGAGACUUGAACGCGAGACUUCUAAAAUUACAAUUUAAUGUCUUUCUAUGUUUUAUCAACAUUCUAAAAAUGUAUGACUUGUAUUGUUUCAUUUCUCUUGGAUAUUUUCAUCAAAUGUAGGUUUAAUAUUCUUAAAAUGUAGAAUACAUUAAUAGCAAGU